AUGAGCUCCUUCGCGACGUCUUUCUGGUCCUCCGACUACGCAGGAGGUCUGGGCGUACUUUUCGGAAAGCUACAGCAAGGAGUACAGGAGAAUGACCAGGUCCUCACGAUUGCGCGCAUGCGCGCGGACGCCGAAGAUUUGUACGGACAAAAGCUGGGAGAGAUUCAAUACGCGACAGAUCGGAUAGAAGGUGGCUUUCAGAGAGACGAUGGUGCCAGCGUCAAGAAGGCAUACGAUGGAGUGCGCACAGAGAUGGGCGAGGCUUCUCGAAGUCACCGCAAGAUCGCUUCCAACAUUCGAGAACUCGUCGUGAACCCGUUCGCGCGGUGGUGCGAUCAGCAUGCAAGUCGAGUGCAGAACAGCCAGGACGACCUCCAAGGGCGUAUCAAGGCCCACGAUCGACAAGCCGAGACUGUACGACAAUACCGAAGUCAAUACUACAACAAGUGCAGGCGGGUGGAGGAUCUGGAUGAGGAAGAGAAGCUGGCCUUUCAAGCACCUGACGCUGUCGCUCUGACAGGCUCUCCCAAGCCUUCUCCAAUAUCCGUGCCGAGCAUCAAAGUAGAGGAAGACAACGAUCCGGAGCCUGUGGAGAUCGGCGACGAGACCUACCAGCCAGAGCAGGUCAAGAAGAUGCUCACGCACGCCCUGAACAACGUACCCCUGGGAGAGACGAAAGUGCCUAUACUGGGAACCUACCAGAACGUGAGCAGCGGCGCGGACAUUACAGAGUACAUACAAAAGCAUCUGGGUGCGAACAGUCUGGCUUAUGCGGAGCGGGUUGGCCAGGACAUGGUAACUAACGGUUUCUUGCGCUUGAUUGGCAAUGUCGGCAACACAUUCGCCAAUAGCAGCAGGAUGAAGUACCAAUGGCGGCCCAAGGUUUUUCAAAUCACCGGUGUGCCGGAUAAAAAGCCCACUUUGCUCAGUCGCUCGUCUACCAUCAUGUCCGCAGGCUCGGACAGCUCCAUUCCAGGAGCGCCGGUCAUCGGCGACAAGAUCAGCGAAUACAUGGGACAGUGGAACCCUCUCAGCAACCCAUAUCCGAACGAGACACCUGCAGAGAAGCUCCGCAGAGAAGCACGUGAGGCAGAUGAGCGGUACAAGGCUGCAGUCAGGAAGCUGGACGGACUUCGAUGCAGCUUGGAGGAGGCCAUGAUUGAGCAUAUGAAGUUCAUGGAGCGCUGCGAGCUGGACAGGUUGAAGGCGAUUAAGAGUGUCGUUCUGGACUUCAGCGGCGCCAUCAGCAAUGUCAUCCCGUCAUUGCAGUCCACAGUCGACAACAUGAUGCUGUUCCAGGAGACAGUACAGCCGCUGUCGGAUUUACGAUACUUGCUGGAGAACUACCGGACCGGCAACUACUUCCCCAAAGUCACGACUUAUGAGAAUUACUACAACAACGUGGACGAGCAGGCAUUUGGCGUUGACAUUGAGGCUCGCGCGAGAAGUGAUCGCAAGCGAGUACCUUUGAUCAUCACCACGAUCUUGACAUUCCUGGACUCGCAUUACCCAGACUUGGAAGGUGAUGAAGCACGACGCAGCAUAUGGACUGUGGACGUUCCUCUUGGAGCCACUCAUCACCUUCGUAGCCAGCUCAACACCGGCAAACCUCUCUCACCCGAUCUCCUGGAGAAAUACGAAGUGCCCAUCGUUGCUUCCGUGCUGAAGCUAUACCUACUCGAACUUCCCGACAGCCUUGUGAGCUCGCACGUCUACGAGAUCAUCAAGACAAUCUACACUACUACCUCGCAGACAUCUUCCGAAGCUGCCCGCAUUCAAGUCAUCCAAUCCACACUCGGCCAACUCCGCCUGGCCAACAUCGCCACUCUUGACGCCCUGGUCACGCACUUUACUAGACUGAUCGAGCUCACCAGCGCGGAUGAGGCUUACAUUAAUAGCCUCGCCGGCGUUCUUGCUCCAUGCAUCAUGCGACCAAAGCAGGAGUCCUCACUCUCUAUGACCGAGAAGUUCAACGUUCGCCUGCUGAAAGAUCUAUUCGCCCACAAAGAUGCCAUCUUUGGGGAGUUGAAGCGGCAGUCUUCCCUUACACACACCGCAUCGGGAUCCACCCGGCAAGUCCGAGCGAUCUCCACCGACGAAUCGAAACGAAAGGAGCACAUGGAAGAGCGUCAACGCGCCAUCGCCGCAGCCACCGCGUCUUCUUCUGGUGGACCAAGUCACAUGCACACAAUGUCCACACCAGUCGCUCACACUAAAUCCGUCCGUCAGCCCUCUCCCGGUCCUGGUCAUCGUCGAGAUCGGAGUCGAGGCCCGGAAACGAGAUUCCCAGUCUCUGCUACCGCGGCUCAAAACUCUGGAAAGGUCAUGUCUCCUACCCAGUCUGUAAGCAGCUCGCAGAGAGACUCAUUGGGU